GCGCAAUAGUUGCCAUACGACAGUUAGGUUGUUUUGUCCUGCUUGGGACGCUGCAAUGCUGUCGUGUGUUCUCUUCUUCGUAGGACUGCUUUGAGUCGCACUCCAGCAAUUCGCAUUUGCCAAAAUGGACGGUGAAGGCGAAGCGCAGGAGCAGUCAAAGCGCGAGGCGCCGCUGAGCACGGUAUCUCUCGACUCAACCUAUGACCACGAUGAUGGAGAUUCCGCUUCAGUCGAGAAGCCACGCCUACGCAACCGAUACUCUUGGACCCCUUUUGUAGUGUUGAUGGGGUUGGUCUUGGUCGCCGUUGGGCUCGUGCUCGCUCUGGACCGCGGCGAUGCUAGUCAGGCUGCAGUUGCAGUUUAUGAAGGUGAUCCCAUAUUCUCGACGACGCACUCAUCAUUGACGAGUGGCAAAGGUCUCACCGCACCGCAGAGAAAGUUGGUUGCGUGGUUGAACCAGGCGCGUAAUGCAAGUGAGCUCUAUAUCGAGGGAGGUAGCAGUAACGCGAGUUUAUCCGGAGCCCUCUUCCCGCGAAAUGAAAGUGAUACCCUGUUGCCUUUUGACGCUUUGGUGACCAUCUAUUCAGGAGUGGUGCUGCCAAGUCAGCAGUAUAUAGCAUUGGCUAAUGGCAGAGGCUUCAAGUGGGUCGAGACCUCGCUGGGCUACGGAGAUACCAUCACCACGAGCGGAUGCUUGACUGCAAGCCAAAGCAUACCGUUCGAUGGACUCGAUUCAGUCAUAAAGACUUCAAAUUGGACGUCUUCUGGUGACAAGACUGAGGUGAAUGUUGUGUUCAAUGGAGGAAAUUACACCGUCUCGAAGGAAAACGACUACGAUUCCUACUUGAGUGAGACGGAAGACACUCGGUGCUGGUUGAUUGAAAGCGAGAGUGAAGAUUUCGAGUCGCGUGUCUGCAUUCCAAGUUUCGGAGAUUUGCCGCUGAAAUCGGACGUUGCAGAGGUAUUCAAUGCGACGAGUGCAUGCCCACAGCUUGCACCGAAGACGACCAGUUCGCCGACUUGGGUGCCGUUGCCGCUGCGUAAAUGGUAUGCUAGCCACCAAGAGUAG